AACAAUGCAAAUUCGGUAUCCCACAUGUGUACCUCGAUUAAUCCCCUCAAAUCUUGUUUCUUAUGCCCUACCAAUCUCUUUCUAAUCCUAAUCCUAAAAUGGCUUCAUCAAUCAACACCGAACCCUUGAGUAAUCAAUGGCUUCUCUUUUAUUCCACUACUCCACAUCCCUUUCUGCAACAUCUCGUUUUAAAUGCCACAAGCUCCUACUCUCAGUUCCAAGAACCAACUGGUUUCCACUCCCACGCAAACCGGUUGAAAAGCCAGAAUCUUUGCUGUCAUUUCGAACUUCCCUCCAUCCGGGGCGCCCCAGAAUCAGUGCUGCAGCAGAUGGUUUUCUUGGAAAAAUCGCAAAGGACGAAUCUUUGUCGGUGUCGGAAGAGAAACCGGUGAAAUUCCUGUUGUGGUUUGUGGUGUGGGCGUCAGUGUGUGUUGGAUUGCAUGCAUUGUGUGGAGAUGCGAGAGCUGCUGCUGCUGCUGACACCAUCAGGGGUUCGGGCUUUGGCGUAAAGGUUGCUAACGCUUUGCGGGCUUCGGGCUGGCCCGAUGAAGCCGUUGUCUUCUCCCUGGCUACGCUGCCUGUGAUCGAGCUUCGUGGCGCUAUUCCGGUUGGUUAUUGGUUGCAACUCCACCCUGUUUUCCUCACAGUCUUGUCUAUUCUUGGGAACAUGGUUCCUGUCCCCUUCAUCAUACUGUACCUGAAGAAAGUUGCAGCUUUUCUGAGCGGAAAGAACGAAGGAGCUUCGAGAUUCUUGGAGGCGCUACUGGACAAGGCAAAGCACAAGGCAGGUCCAGUGAAGGAAUUCCAAUGGCUUGGUUUGAUGCUAUUUGUAGCAGUGCCAUUUCCCGGCACUGGAGCUUGGACGGGAGCCUUCAUUGCAUCCCUACUCGACAUGCCCUUCUGGCCAGCUCUCACUGCAAAUCUUCUUGGCGUCGUCUUAGCUGCCCUUCUCGUAAACUUACUGGUUAAUCUCGGACUCAUCUAUGCUAUUGUCUCUGCUAUAAUUCUACUUCUCACCUCCACCUUCAUGUGGACCAUCCUCCGCCGCCUUAAAAACUCCUUCGCAUCAUCGGAUGAUGCAAACUGAUGAAUUCAUUCUUGCUUGUAAUUUCAUUGCUUCCUAGCAACAAAGUUAGCAUUAUUGGUAGAUAUGUGGUUGUUCAAAUGCUACGUGAAGAAAUGGUGCUAGAUGUAAGAGUAAGAUUUGAGGUGAAACACCUGAUAUGAUGCAUCUUAUGUUGUUUGCUUACUUUCGAUACACUUUUUGUUUGUUAUGGAAAAGGAAUGAAUGCAUCAUCAUUUGAG